CUCCUUCCAUCAUCACCAGCCUCUUUGCUUGCCAUAGUUGCCUUGAAUUACCAAACGAGUUUGCUAGCUACCAGCUUCAAAACCCGCCGUUCUUUUUCGCGCGCUCGCGCUCGCGCUCACCUUCCGACGAAGCAGCUGUCGUCGCGACUUGGGGUCACCCAGACUGGUCUGCGCAGUGCGGAGCAUCGCGACGAUGUCGUGCCUGCCUGCCGAUCGAAUCCCCAAGCAUGAAGCAUUGCCCGGCGCUUUGCACGCUUUCUAGCCUGCCUCUCUCUCCGACCGUCACACUCCGGGAUCUGGCGUAUUGUUCAUCCGAUCGGUGUAUAGGUGGGAGCCCGGCUAGUGUGUGCUCUCGUCGCCGCUUCGCCAGCAGCGGCAGUCCGUAGGCCCGUGAACGGCGUACCUUAGGGACGGAGAAUCCACCGGCCCGUAGUGCAAGUGUCGCGCGGCGCAGGUGCGAAACCUGUAGGCAUUGGGGAAGCUGCGGAAGCGAAGGUUGAGAGACAACGAGGAGAGGAAUCAGCAGCAGCAGCAGUUGUGCGAGGAGCAAAGGCCGGAGCACGAAUGGACGGCGGAGAUCAGAGCGGUCGCUCCAUGGGUCGCACAGUAACCCCGCGACGAGCGCUCGCUCGCACACAGUCGCCCAAGCCCAGCCGGACGACGGGCGGCCCGGGCGUCGACAUGGAGCCGCUCGUGCUCGCGCUGGGCGACUCGGACGUGGAGCGCGCGCGAGAGGCGGCGUCCGCGAUCCGGUCGUCGUUGAAGAACAACCCCGAUAACAAGGCGCGGCUGCUGGCGGCGGGUGGCAUCGACGCGCUGAUCCGGCUGCUCAAGUCGCGCGACACGUCGUGCGUGGACCACGCGGUGACGGCGCUGCUGAACCUCUCGCUCUCGGACGGCGUCGAGCCCAUGGUGACCGCGGCGGGCGGCAUCGAGGGCAUCGUGGGGGUUCUCAACUCCGGCAGCAACGUCGCGCGGGAGAACGCCGCCGCCGCGCUCUUCACGCUGUCGGGCCCGCCGGACAACAAGCUGCGCGUGAAGGACGCGGGCGCGGUCCCCGGGCUCGUGACCCUCCUGCGCACGGGCAGCCUGCGCGGAAAGAAAGACGCGGCGCUUGCUCUCUUCAACCUCUCCCUCGAGGACUCGUGCAUCGGGGAGAUCAUCGACGCGGGCGCCGUGCGCGUGCUGUUGGGGCUGCUGCGAUCGGACGCGGAGGCGGGCAUGGAGGACAAGGUGAUGGCCGUGGUGGCGAAUCUGUGCAAGUUCUCCGAGGGGCGCCACGCCGUGCACAAGGAGGGCGGCAUCCACGCGCUCGUGGGCGUGAUCGAGUCGGGGUCGGCGCGCGCCAAGGAGGACGCGGCGGUGUCGCUGCACCUGCUGGCCGUGCACAACGCCGCGUCGUACCAGGUCAUCGUGGAGGAGGGCUGCUCGCCCGCGCUCGCCAAGCUCGCGCAGUCCGGCACCACGCGCGCCAAGGCCAAGGCGAAGGCGCUGAUGGACCUGCUGCGGUCGGGGUCGGGGUCGGCCGGGGGGUUUAAGUACGGCGGGUCGUUCUCGCAGCCCUUCGACAAGGCGCCACCCACCCUCUCUGGCGAGCUCAGCCACGGCCGGUAGCCGAUAGCGGGUAGCCGGUAGCCGGUAGCCGGCACGGAAGGCAGGGGGGGCAGGGAGGGCAGCAGAGGCAGCAGCAGAAGGGAGGGCGUGGCGUGCAGCGGCUGCAGCAUGCAGAGCAGACGUGGUGUUUCUGGGGAUGGCAGCAUGCGAGGAAGGUAGAACUGGAGCGGAUCUAGCAGUGUAUACAUUUGACAGACAGGGCGAUUGGGGUGGAGGGGUGCGAAGAGCAGGAGAGAAGGAUCGUGUGAGGGUUGAGGAUGUGUGGUCCUUGGGGCAUUGCCUUGUGGGCUUUCUGGAGGGAGCAAUUCGUUUUGUCAAGAGGGCAGGAGGAGCGUGCUGCUUUUGUUGAGUUGGGUGCGAAAGGCAGGCACUUGGAGUGGAUUGAGUUGUGAUGGGGGCUGCCAGCAGAUGAGGUAGAGUCAUGUGCGGUUGUGCCUAGCGACCGGUGAUAGGGAACUGCCGCACUGGAUUCCAUGGGGAUGCUUGAAGCUGGUGCCCAGCUGUCACUAGUUGAUUCGUGGAGGAACCAAAGCACAGGUGCUGGGGUAAUGGGAGGGCUCGCAUGCGGACAAGCAGGGUGGGUUGCGAUUGAAUGUGGGCCGCUGUCGAGGUGCCCUGCUGCUUGCUUGCGACGCUGCUCCUUGAGCUCGGAAGAGAGGAGCAAGAGGCGAUUGGCAUGAGGAGAGGAGGAGAGGAGAGGAGGGGAAUGGAGAGGGAUGAGAGUAGGUUGCCUAUGAAGCACAGGAACGCGGAGUCGGUGUUUGUAACGCCCUUGGUCACUGACUGCUGCACAGCAUGGUUCCUCACCAUGCUACCUUCAUUCCCACCCCUCCCCUACUCGCUAUCUCUCUCUCCCCUCCCUCCCCCCCCCCCCCCCCUCUCUCUCUCUCUCUCUCUCUCUCUCUCUCUCUCUCUCCCUCUCUCUCUCUCUCUCUCUCUCUCUCUCUCUCUCUCUCUCUCUCUCUCUCUCUCUCUCUCUCCUGCUAUUCUUGCCCCAUUCUGUCUCCGUCUCCUCUCUCCCCACCCCUACCUUCAUGCCCCACACAUGUGCGCACGCAGAUCGCCUUCAGCCACCUCUUUUUUACAAACCACCCAUGCAUGGCCAGAGUGUGAGACUAAUUUGCUAGCUUAUUGACCUUCAGCUCAUUUGUGUAAUGACUGCACUGCACACUCCUAUUGUGUCACAAAUCGACCAUCGCAAUAUGGUUGAGAUUUUAUUUUUUAUUUUUUUUCAGGGAAGCAACGUUUUGAUGAAUGUCUUGUGGUGCAUCCACCUCAAAGUCUGGUGAGUUGUACCGUAAUCUCCCGGAUAUAGGCGCAGCCAUUUAAGCCCAGUGGGCGUAUAGUAUAGAGGGUAAUCUCGCUUAUAGCAGUU